AACAAAAUGGCCGCCGCCUUAUGUCGAUAACUCUUCUGUCUCAGUGUUACAAGGUGCAAUUUUGUAACGGCGUGCGUUUUUAUUAACCGUGACAUUUACCGUCAAAGAAUCUGCGUCUGUUCGCACAUUUCGACGCCGUCAUGUUUCAGGUUAUCGGCGGCAGGACCGUCCAGACGGCCCGACUCCUCGCACCCAGGAGCGCCGUGCUCGUGGAGGCCGUCCGCGGCCGAAAGUCCCGCAACGACCCUGUGGCCAAGUCCAAAGAGGGGCGAAUAAAAGUUCCUCCCCCCGUCGAUCCGGUGGAGAUGGUGGUGCUGAAGGAGAGAUUCACGGAGUACCAGUUGAUCAUGAGGGCGCUCCGUCUGGAGUUUAAGGAGGAGGUGCUGCGAAAGAAGUAUGAGGAGGAGACUGGCUCUCAGGCAGAGGAGAGGGCGAGGCAGGAGGCGGAGGAGCAUCGCGCGCUCAUGGCCUGGAACAACGAGGAGAACCUACGCCUGCUCAAAAUCAGAGUGAUGAGAGUCCAGAAGGAGAAGGAGGAAGCUGAGCGCAAGCAGUUAGAAGCUGUCAUUAAGCGUGAACAACAGCACCAAGAAUUCAUCAAAGAAAAAGAGAAGGAGAUUUUGCAGUUGCAGGAGGAUGCAAAGAACUUCAUCACCCUGGAGAACCUGGACCAGCGUAUUGAAGAAGCUCUGGACAAUCCAAAGAAUUACAACUUUGCCAUCGACAAAGAAGGCAGAGUUGUGAAACAGACAGUGCUGCAGUGAAACGGCAGACCAGCCUCUACGUGUCUGUCUCAGGAGAAAAACAAAGACUGACUCAUGUUUGGACCCUGGGAGCGAAUUUUCUUCCAACAUGACCACUGAAACAUUAAGGGUGAGAAGGCUGUCGAACCUGUAAACUAAGAAUUUAAAAACCAUUCAUCAGCAGAAAACUUGGCUCAUGUGCAGAGAAGUUUGAAGACAAGGCAUCGUGUCAUCAGAAAAGUACACGUGUGGAGUCAGUUUGGCUUUUGACAGAAUGAGACCACGUGUCCAAACUUCUGUUAGUGAUGAGCAGUUUAACCGUGCUGCCUUUAUUUUCACUGUCACCACGUUCUUUUUAUCAUUAGUCUGCUCAUGAUGUGAUGUAUAUAAGGUAAAUUAAUGUCUGUUGUGAGUUUCCACUCAAUCCUUUUGAACAGUGAAGCAUCACCUUCUUUUCUAACUUAUCAAGAUUUAGAUUUUCUGUACUUACUCAGGCUCUAAAAUUGAUUUAAGAGCUACCUGAAUUUACAGUUUUUCAUUUACAGUUACAACAUAGCAUCAAACUGUGAGAAAGCAAAGCAAAGCAAAACAAGACAAGAUGACUCAGAAGACGUUCCACAAUAUCCUAUGUGUUCUCAAGCUUUUCACAUUAAAACAUGGAAAUGAU